UGCGUGUCAGCGCGCAGUGGCGCUUCCGGUGUCAUGAGUGUAGUUUGAGUUGGGUUUGGCCCCGACGUCUCGGCUCUGCCUUAAGCCGCCAUUGGGUCAGAAGCGCCCCGAAUCCCUUCAGCAGCGGCUUAGCCGGCUCUGACGCAGGUUUCCAGCCGUUUAACGGCGAUUAACGGGUCAAUCCCCUCCGGGCGUGGCCGUGCUCCGGCGGAUCGGCCCGGAUUAGGAGCAGCUCGGCCCCAAGAACCACAGAGGCCGCGGUAGAGCUGGCGGGUUUAUUUAGCGUCUGCGAGAAAAAGACCAAACCACCUUUAAUUUUGUGUAUUUUGGGCUCGGGGAGAGUGGUGGAACCCCCACCCCAGGAAAAGCCUCUUCCGUGGGGAACCCCCAGCCCCACGGGCUUGGUGCCGGCCCAUCCACGGGUGGUAGGAAAACGCUGCUCUGAGAGCGGUGGGAAGCGGUUUCCCUGCAAACACCGUGUUUAAACUGGUCCCAGUCUGUCCCCAUGUGCUCCUGCAACCCCCACAUCGGGGUCCCCCUGCACCCCAACACCCCGAUGUGCGGCUGCCCCAUCUCUGCACAAACCCCGUUUGCAGGUGGAAGAGCUUUGGUGCCGCUCCGGAUUUGCAGCCGCUGUCCCGUCUAAACGCACCGUGGGACGAUGUGACCCCCCCCAGCAGGCACCGCCGGGCUCGGGGCUGGUGGGAACAGGAUGGGGACAGAGAGGGGACCUGAGAGACUCCGAAAUAAACAGCUGCUGCUGUGUGGGGCUGAACAUCUGGGGAUGUUUUGGGGAGUUUGCUGAAAGAUGGAAUGGACUUAGAAAAACCCAAGGACCUCCAAAAAGAAAAACCACCCCAAAGAACAACCCCCCAACACGUGCCCUGGAGCGCCGGCUGUGCCCCCCGGCCCUGCUGGGCCUGGCCGGGGAGAGUUUGUCCUGGAAGAAGCUGCUCGGGUCUUGUAGAGCUGCUGCCUAAAAAUGCAGAAGUUUUGCUUGCAGGAAACCGAAUGUAAAUCAGCUGUGAAUGUAAAUCCCUGCUGAGCCUCAUCUGCGCUGCCAGACGUGCUACACUUUGGUGCUGGACUCCCCGGUGCUGAGCUCAGACUACAGGAAAAGCAGGUUUCGGAGGCUCAGCACCACAGAGGCAGCCUGAGGGCAGCAGCAUGGGACCCAGCUUGGCUUUUAAGGAGAUCUUUGCUGCCACAGGGGCAGUUUCCCCAAUACACGAGGAGCUGGUCUGAACCCACGUGGAUGCCCAGAUCUGCAAACCAGAUGGGUGUCCUGUGCCUGGGCAAGAGCAUCUUUGCAGGUUUGCUAAGGAAAUAAAUACCUUUUUGGGUUUUUUUCCCUUCUCUCCCCUCCUUGUGCCUUCCCCCAGGUAAGUGAUAAUAAGGAUUACAGCCCCUUCAUUGCUGUGAACUCGGUAUUUGCACGCAGAGCCACUAUUUGCUGCCGCAGAAGGUGUUUUGGGCUAUGUAGGUUGGAAAAGCUUGGGUGUUCUUUUCCCGAAAGCCCAUCCAGGGGUUGUGCGAUUCCCGUGCAGCCAGCCUGCGCUGCCCAGAUCUCCUCCUGUGUUAAAACUUGCAUUUGAAAGCCUGGCCAUAGCCUUUUAAAUCAAACAGUAACCGUGGUUAAGCUGAGAUGUGCCCUGGCCCUGUGCUGGGAGGUCUGGGGCUCGUGUUCCGCAGCCCAUCCCGGCCCCUCAUGGCAGAGCCAAGAGCCACGGUACCGACCCACGGUGGAGGCGGCUCCAAACCGCAUGGACCCCACGAUGCUGUUUGUACCUGGGGGGAUAGAGCCACUCACCUUGGGGACACGGGGCCACCCCGCUCAGCAGCAGAGACGUUCAGAGACCAUCCGGGAGGAGACGGCGCCGGCUGCACCUCGCGCUCCGAGACUCCGUCGGCUCUGCCGAAGCAGAUGUCUUUGGUCCUUAAGCUGAUAAUAGACUCAGGAAUAAGCUGGUCAGGUGUUGGGCAUUAGCCCCAAAGCCCAGGGAAAUGGGUGGGGGAGGAUGAGGAUGGAGAGGAAGGGCGGGUGGGGCGGCCCUUGGGCUCUGGCCAUGGGUGUCCUGCCUGGCCUGUGGGAACGGGAGCAGCUUCUGUGGGGCCCGGGAGGGACGGCAAGGGGGCGACUGGGCUGAGGGUCCCCAGGGUUUGGCUGGGGGUGUCCCCAGGGCCGGAGCAGCUGGGGCGGCUCCUGGUCCCUCAGGUUUGGGGAGGAAAUUCAUCCCACUCCCCGUUCCCGGCCAGGAAGGGCCGAGCCCUGAUGGGUUCACUCCUGGCCCAAGUGACCAGGGCUGGGGACGAGCUGGGGGGGCUGAGGAAGCGCCUGGGAGGAGGAGGAGGAGGAGGAGGGUGGGGGGAUUUCCAAGCACUCAGAGUGAGAAUUUCCUGCCCUCGCCUCGGCCUCACCCGUGGGGAUGUGAAACACACGCAAAGCACAGAGGGACACGCUGUUCCGAGCCUCCGCGGUGUCAUUGUCACGUCCCCCGCGCUGGGCAGGAUCGGGGUGACCCGGUGAUGCCAUGUGGGGUGCGCAGGGUGCUUGGGGCCGUUCCGGGGUGCAGGCCCAAGUGCUGCCCUCGGCUCUGGGUGACAAAGGUGAGGGGACGGGAAUUGCUGUCCCUGGAUGUCCCCGAGCCUGGCUCAGCCCUGCAUGUGCUGGGACGGUGACAGUGGCUCAUGGCGGGUGGCAGAGAUGGUGGUUGGAGUCUCUGGCAGCUUCGCAGGUGUUCGCCCCCACCCCACGCUGACACACCUUUAUCACAGCUGUCACCUCCUGCCCCUCUGGGGUGACCCCAGAAUCUGGCCACCCCCAAGAGCCGCAGUGAAGGUGGCAGGAUGGGCUCCCCGCCCACGGGGUGUCCCUGGGGGGGACGGGGACACCGCGGCGCCCACGGGCCCUGCGUCAGCUCCGCCGGCGGCUCCGGGCGGGCGGGAGGAAGUGGGGCCCGGCCGCCAUGGCGGAGCUGCAGCGCCUGCGGCAGCACGACAUCCCGGCUGGGCAGCAGCUGCUGCGCGACCACCACGGCAACCUGCAGCGCGUGGCCGACUACUGCGAGAGCAACUACCUGCAGGCGAGCGACGCGCGGCGGGCGCUGGAGGAGACGAUGGCGCUGAGCACGCAGUCCCUGGCCAGCGUCACCUACCAGGUCAGCAGCCUGGCCAGCACCUUCCUGCGGCUGCUGGACCUGCAGGCGGCCGAGCUGCGCCAGCUGGAGGCCACGGUCAGCUGUGUGGCCCAGAGGGUGGACAUGCACAAGGAGAAGGUGUCUCGCCGCGAGAUCGGCUCCUUGACCAUCAGCAAGACGUUCCCGUCCCACCAGAAGAUCGUGCCCCCCCCCAGCCCCCCCUGCCUGGAGCCCUAUUACAGGAGGCCCCUCAGCUUCAGCAUCCUGGAUGACAUCGGCCAUGGCAUGAAGGAGAAGUGCCCGUGUCCCCGAGCCCGUCCAGCCGCCCGUGGUGCCCGAGGACAAGCUCUCCACGGCCUCCUCCUCCUCCUCGCUGGCAUCUGCCAGCCCCUGAUGACCUCGAGCUGCCGCCGCCUCCGGCUUUGCCCGACUUUGAGGAUGUGGCGCCACCACCACCCCCCGCUGCAGAGAACCCCCCCUGGGCCCCCGAGAGCUACCUGGAGAAAGUGGUGGCCCUGUACCCCUACACACGGCAGAAGGACAACGAGCUCUCCUUCCCACCCGGUGCCCUCCUCUUCGUCACCCGCCGCUACUCGGACGGCUGGUGCGAGGGCGUCAUGGGCGAGGAAGCGGGUUUCUUCCCCGCCAAUUACGUGGAGCCAUUCUGAGCCCCAACAUCCCGCAUCCUCCACAUCCCUUAUCCCCCAUCCCGCAUCCCCCACAUCCCUUAUCCCCCAUCCUGCAUCCCCCACAUCCCCCAUCCUGCAUCCCCCGCAUCCCUUAUCCCCCAUCCUGCAUCCCCCACAUCCCACAUAUCCCCCAUCCCCCAUCCUGCAUCCCCCGCAUCCCACAUCCCCCAUCCUGCAUCCCCCUCAUCCCUUAUCCCUCAUCCUGCAUCCCCUGCAUCCCGCAUCCCCCAUCCCGCAUCCCCCAUCCUGCGUUCCCCGCAUCCCGCAGCCCCAUCCUGGGGCACCCAGCCCCUCUCCCCUUUGCCUUUUCUUCACAUUUUGAAGGGCAGCAUCCCUGGUGCUGGGAGGUUCAGCACUGGGCACUGCAGCUCCUGGCUGAUGGGGACACAGUGGGUGGCACCUCGGGCCCCUGGGCUGGUCCUGGUGACCCUCUCAGCCCCACGGGACCAGGAGAUGGGGCCACAUGCCCACGGGAACCAGGAGAGCAGCACCCACCGUGUCCCCAGGGACGUGCCUGCCGUCCCCCCAGCCUGAGCCUCGGAAGGGACAAGGCCAGGCCCUGUCCCCAGCAGCGGGUCCCCACAGGGUCCCCUGAGCAUCGCUUUAGCCUGGCCUGCUUUGCCAUCCCACCGAGGAAGAGAAACAACACAUUUGUGCAGCUCUGAGCCACUUGACGUCCAGGUUUAUGUCCUGGAUACAGCUUGUGCACCUAUCUGCAAUAUAUAGAUCUAUAUCUAUACACA